AUGGGCUUUCGGGUUAUCAUUGUGGGAGGCAGCGUGACUGGCCUGUCUCUUGCCAAUAUGCUCGAGAAACACGGCAUCGACUACGUCCUCCUCGAGGCAUACCGCGAGAUUGCACCGCAAGUCGGGGCCAGCAUCGGGAUGGCACCUAAUGGGCUACGCGUUCUCGACCAGCUGGGUUGCUAUGAGCGCCUUCAAGAGAUGGCAGGCAACUACUACUUGAAAGCAGAAAUGAGGGACCUUGAGGGGCGCGUCCUGUACAGAAGUGAUGGGAAUGGACAAGCCGAUCUGAUUGAGAAAGCAACGGGAUACCCGGUGAUUUUCCUAGAUCGGCAGAUGCUGCUGCAGGUGCUGUACGAUAUGAUUCAACACAAGGACAGGAUCUUGACUGGAAAGCGGGUUGCUAGAUUGGAGAUGAGCGACGGGGAACUGGCGCGCGUCCACACCAACGACGGUUCAGUGUAUGAGGGCGACAUUGUAGUUGGUGCCGAUGGGGUGCAUAGUGCCACUCGGGCUGAGAUGUGGCGCCUUGCGGACGAGCUUGCUCCGGGAACAUUUACAGCAAACGAAGAGGCCGACGUCAACGCUAACGCCAAGUGCAUCUUUGGCAUUUCCACAAGGCCAACAGGGUUCCCCUCUACCAAACAGCAAUUCAUCUCGAGCAAGGGGGUGAGCUACAUGACGUCCCCGGGCCCUGAUAGUCGACUCUACUGGUUUCUGUUUGUCUCGAUGCCGACUGCCUCCGGCAAGGCGAUUCCUAAAUGGACAAAGAAGGACGAGGAGCUGCUAGCAGAGCAACACCUCCACGACAAAAUUACUGACCAGGUAAGCUUCGGCGACCUCUACAAGGCCCGUCGAAGGACUGCGCUGGUUUCCCUAGAGGAACAUGUCUUCCUGCGGUGGCAUUUCAAGAGGGCCAUUACCAUUGGCGACUCGGCGCACAAGGUCCACCCCAUAACAGUUGUAGGAGGUAAUGGAGCCAUCGAGUCAGCAGCCUUGCUCUGCAAUGCCCUUGUACGCAGACUACCCGAAAACGGCUCUUCCACCAUCUCUGAACCGGAGAUUGAAGAAGCAUUCACAGAAGUCCAGGAUUACCAGCAGCACCGUGCACAAAGCAUUGUCAAAGAAGGAAAGCAGAUGCAGGCCUGGUUGAACCAGACAUUUCCACUCGCUGGUCUGGCCAUGAGACUCGCGUCUCCUUUCCUCAAUGAUGGAUUUUUUACUGAGCGGAUCAUCAAGGUUUAUUCGUCUGCGCCGACGCUGGAGAGGCUUGCUCUACCAGUGCGACCUCCGGCCACGCUACCUCAGACGCAGGUUUCGCGUUCCGAUUUAAGUCUUGUGUGCAAGCUAUUCAGCGCAGCAAUACUGCUGGGGGCCGUUGGCUACGCGGUAGCCUGGGAGAGAAUUCCGUUGUGUCGGCUGUGGUGA